AGGGGGCUUCACCACUGAGCCGUACCCCCAGACCUUUUUAAUUUCGAGCCAGUGUCUCGCUAGGUUGCUGACAGCCUCGAUAAAUUGCUGAGGCAGGCUUGCCAUCAUCCUCCUGCCUCAGUCUCCCCAGCUGCUGGGAUUACUGGCACCUGAACCCACAUAGACGGCUUCUUAAAAAGGACCUUCAGAAACCAGGUCAGCUGUGUGAGCACAUCAGCUCCAACCCCAGGGGCCUCAUGGCGGCCGAGCCACUGACUGAGCUGGAGGCGGCCAUCGAGACAGUGGUCACCACUUUCUUCACCUUUGCAGGGCGGGAAGGCCGGAAGGGCAGCCUCAGCGUCAAUGAGUUUAAGGAACUAGCCACGCAGCAGUUGCCUCACCUGCUCAAGGAUGUGGGCUCCCUAGAUGAGAAGAUGAAGAGCUUGGAUGUGAAUCAGGACUCGGAGCUCAAGUUCAAUGAGUACUGGAGACUGAUUGGGGAGUUGGCCAAGGAAAUCAGGAAGGAGAAGGCGCAGGAGAUCCGGAAGAAGUAGAGCUGCUGGCCGGGAUGGCGGUGGGGAGAGUAGGCCUGGCAGGGCCAGGAGAACCCCUCACUCCCCAAAUAAACCUUCUCCCUCGAAA